UAACAACCGAGUCGAAACGACCUUCAACUUCAACCCGCUAAAUACCAGCCGGCAUCCAGAGGAAAAUUAUGGCAGAUCCAGUUAUAGUUGUCAUCACAGGGGCAGCAGGCCAGAUUGCCUACUCACUUCUCUACAAUGUGGCUAAAGGAGAUGUAUUUGGUAAAAAUCAAAAAGUUGUGCUGAGGCUGCUGGACAUCGGACCUAUGAUGGGAGUACUAAAAGGGGUAGAGAUGGAGAUUAACGACUGUGCGUUCCCACUUGUCUCGGAUGUGGUGGCCACAGAUGAUCCCGGUACAGCCUUUUCGGGUGCUGAUGUAGCCAUGCUGGUCGGGGCCAUGCCAAGGAGAGAGGGAAUGGAACGUAAAGAUUUGCUAAAAGCCAACGCUAAGAUCUUCAAAAGCCAGGGAGAAUGUAUAGACAAAGUGGCUAAAAAAAGUAUCAAGGUGGUAGUAGUGGGUAACCCAGCUAACACUAAUGCCCUGAUUUGCGCUCAAUCUGCUCCUUCGAUUCCCAGGGAAAAUUUCUCAGCUUUGACCCGUCUUGACCAAAACAGAGCACAAGCACAGGUUGCUGCUAAGUUGGGAAUUGCAUGUGAUGCUGUAAAAGACAUCGUCAUCUGGGGAAACCACUCAUCAACCCAGUUCCCUGAUCUGAGUUAUGCCAAGGUCUUGGAUGGUGAGGACUGGGUUGAAGCUUCUUCAAAAAUUCAGGAUGAUGACUGGAUCCACAAUGAGUUUGUCAAAACUGUUCAGACGCGAGGGGCUGCUGUCAUCGCUGCCAGGAAACUGUCAAGUGCCAUGUCCGCUGCCAAAGCCAUUGGUGAUCAUGUUAAGGACUGGUGGAAUGGAACAGGUCCGAGAAUUGUUUCUAUGGGAGUCAUGAGUGAUGGUAAAAGCUAUGGAAUUGAAGAAGGCCUCAUGUAUAGUUUCCCUGUGAAAAUUGAAGGAAAAGGAGUAUAUAAAAUCGUCGAAGGUCUCAACAUCAAUGACUGGCAGCGAAAGAUGAUGGAUGUGACUGCUGAAGAGUUGUCCAAUGAGAAAAAGGAUGCCUUUCAAUUCUUGUUGUCUGAAUGACCAACAGUUUCAAAGUUGUAGACUCUUCUUAGAGAUUACGCAUACAGAUUUAGUUGUGUUGGGCAUGUGAAGCAACCACACAUUCUCUAUUUGAAACAUAUUCUCACGCAUAAACGGAAAUUAAAAACAGUCAUUGAUGACAGUGAUAAUGCUUUUAAAUAUAUCACAUAAAAAGAUAUUUAUAUCAAUACAGCAAAGCUGAUUUUUUGUGUUUGAAACAUAUUGGGUGAAGGAGACACUUGUAGAAGUUCUUGAAGCAACAAAUAAAUCUGUUGGAUUAUAAUAUUAAUUCUUUAUUUUAAUUAUUAUAUCACAAUUUUGAAGCUUUACCAAGACCUGGAUUUACCGAUGUAGGAUCAAAUUUUCUGUCAAUAAGGGACAAAUCUGCCUGUAAAGGAGAACAAUCUAACUUAAGUCUGGUUAUAACUGGCUUCGUAAAUAUGCUGUUAGUCUGACAGUUGAGAGUUUAAGUAUUCAUCAUGACUAUGAGAUAUAGGAACAUAAAUCUACCAUUAAUUUGGCUAUCGAGAGUACAUGAACAAUUAUUCUUGCUAUAGGAUGUAGUUUUUUGUCUAUAGGGAAGUAAUUUACGAUUUAUCUGGCUAUAGAGCAAUAAUUAACCAAAAGUUGGCAGUUUGGAGUUGACCCAGUUAACUUCUUCUAGAUGGUGAAACGGUUGUGUUCUGAAAAAAUUCUUGUGUAGUGUCCCUGUUUUUCUGUAAUCCUCAUGUUUUAUUAUUUAUGUCUGUCAUUUAACAGAAUUUGCUUCUUACUUCUUGAUAAGGUUGUAAAACAGUUUAAGAUUAAGGGUAGUUUUAGUUAGCACUAGGGCUCUCAACAUAAAUUUGAAAAGAUGGAAAUUAUAUUAUUUCACAGCAUAUCUAAUGUAUAGUGUAACAUACAUGCAUUUUAAACUAAGUCCACAUAGUACCUUAUUAAAACCUGUCUAUCAACUACCCUAUUUUAAUGUUUGUGUUAUCACACAAAAUAAACAAGUACGUGUAUGUAUGUAAUCAUAUUAUCAUCUCCUGUUACGAGUACUACAGGCUCCUUUCACUGAUAAUUAAGAGUCAUAACAUUAAAACUGACAAUAUCUAACCCUUACCACUACUAUGAAACAGUUUGAUUCAAACUGAUGUUGUUCAUAUCACAGUCAGCAUCUGCUGUAUCAUAAUUCUUAGAACAAUUGUUCACAAAGUGUCAUAUGGUUGCACAUCUCAAUCUGUUCCAGAUGUUUCCUUGUUAUAUAGAUUAUAUAUAUCUUUUGUAUGUAGAAUGUUGUGUUUGCUUUAUGGUUUUGAUGUGGUAAGCAUGUAGCUAGUAUGUAUACCUUUGUAACCUUAACCAAGCAAAACCCUUGGGUACAUGACGACUCUAUAUGAAAGUAUGUAGUAUAGAGCUUUGAUCUUCCGUGAGGUUUUGUGGUAUGAUAUUUGAAUAAGGUUGGUGCUGGGGGUAAGGAAUAAUUGAGGACUGUAUUAGUCUAACCAUAAUGUACAAGAUAUUUCCCGUUCCUGAAGCACAAUAGAUUUCCUUACUCUGACCCUGAAAAACAAUGGAUUUCCCUUCCAUAACCCUGAAAAACAAUGGAUUUCCCUUCCCUCACCCUGAAACACAAUGCAUUUCCCUUCCCUGACCCUGAAACACAAUUGAUUUCCCUGCUCUGAUCCUGAAACACAGCGAUUUUCCUUACCUAGCCCAAAACACAAAUUUCCCUUCUCCACCCUCUGGUUUGACCUCUAGUUGAGGGCUUUGUCUAACCUGUUGACACCAGAAAGUUCCCUUUUGACCAGACUGUUUUACAGUUUGGAGAUUUAUGACCAAGAUUUUUGCCAGAUGUGAUAUUGCAAAAUUAUACAUUGUAAAGCUAAGGCUGAAUUGUUGUUAUUUAUUAAUUUUGUCUAUUUUUAAGUGCAGUAUUUGAUAUGCCUGAUGAGUAAAAGUAGCAUUACUGUAUCUAGUUAUGAUAAUUAUAAUGAAGAAUAUUUAUACAAUGGAAGAACAAGAGAGGAUAAAGUGCAAAUUAUUUCUUGUUGUUCCUAUAUAUGUACAGCAUACUUAAUGACAAGUUGAUCCAGAGAAUUGAUAAGAGGAAUUUCAAAUCUAGAACAUGAAUAAGAAGGAUCAUGAUCAAAUGUAAUUUGAUUCCAUGAACAUUAACCUGUGAUUUCAUUUCCCUUAACAAUUCAAUCCUCUAGAGAUUAUCUCUUGUUACCUGCCAAUCAUGUAUGAUAACAGAAAACCUCAAAUUAAAAAUAUAUCUAAUGUG